AUUCUAAUAAAUGAUGCAGGUGUCUCAACUGAUUCGGGGAUUCCGGAUUAUAGAGGAGAACAGGUGCGAAUUUAUAAACGCAAUCCAAACCACAAGCCAAUUCUCUAUCCAGAUUUCAUUGCUUCCCAAGAUUUCCGCCAAAGAUACUGGAUGCGUGGUUACCUUGGAUGGUCCCAGAUAACAAAGGCUAAACCAAACCCUACGCACUACCAUUUGACGUGGUUGUUGGAACAUAAUUAUUUGAAUGGUCUAAUAACCCAGAAUGUUGACCAUCUUCAUCAUGAUGCAGGAGUACCGGACGAGUCUUUAAUUGAACUACACGGAACGCUUCAUCGAGUAGAGUGUCUUGAUUGCAACACCAAAAUGUUACGUGAUUCAUAUCAACACCGUAUACACGCACGCAAUCCCGCUUGGGCAAAUUAUCAAAGAGCUUUGCGUAAAUCAAACGAAGCACCAAAGAUUAAUCCGGAUGGAGAUGUCGACCUACCCUCUACUAUGAGCUAUCAAGACUUUGACAUUCCUCCUUGUUUAGAGUGUUCUAGUCGACGAAUGAAACCUCAGGUGGUGUUUUUUGGGGAGAAUAUCAGAAAAGACGUCUCAGAGGCAGCAGAAAACAUGGUUAAGCAAGCGGGAGGACUUUUGGUAAUCGGAAGUUCACUUGCAACGUAUUCCUCUUUUCGACUGGCACGUCUUGCCAGUGAACACAAGCUCCCUGUUGUGAUAUUAAACAAAGGUCCCACAAGAGCUGACCCGCUCGGUACUCACAAAAUAGAACUAGGGUGUACAGACGUAUUGACGCGUGUACGAGAGCGUCUCGAUCAAUGA